AUGUAUCCGGUCAAGGUAAUGAAGAACAGAAGAACAUUUGAAUACACUUCUGGAACUUUUAUUCAGAUUGGAGAAACUCUCAUCUUAGAUUUUGGCAAAGACGUGAAUGAAUGGAAACGUAACCGGAACGGAAUAGAAGACACAAUUAAACCGUGCACUGCUGUGAAACAAGAGAAAUGUGGUGUUUGGAUAAGAAACGUUUGUUUGAGGUAUCCCCUCAAUUUUUAAAAUCCGGACUUGAUUUCUAGGAUUUGCCCAUUUCAAGAGAUGGUAGAGAGCACAUGUAUGAAAACGGAACUCUGAUUAUUGAAAACUUCCAAGAAUCGGACUCUGGUGAUUAUUUCUCGAAUGAUGAACUGGAAAGAGUUAGUUUCGGACAAAUUACAUUUAAUCAAACUAUUUUCCAGAUUCACUACACAGCAGAUGGACAAAUCUGGAAACUGGGCAGAUCAAGAAUAACUGUUUUUCCUGUUGAUUAA